CAAACAUAAAACUGAAGAAAGCAACAGAAACCAAAAUUCUUACAUUGGGGCUUCUCUCCAACAGACAUUGCCCACGUAUGGCCAGGCCGAUUGACCCUAAACUGUACGAUAUCACAAAAGCGAACGAAAUCAAGCCUAAAGAAAAAUCAGCGUUCGAUAAAGCGGUGCAGAAAAUAAGUGAUAGUUCCAGUAAAAAUUUGCUUCUCGGUACAAUAUCAGGCUGGGUCUCUGGGGUGCUAUUGGUGAGAGUGGGGAAAAUAGCUGCGUUUGGCUUAGGCGGUGGAGUUCUAUUACUCCAUUUGGCUAGUCAGUACGAGUACAUUAUCGUAAAUUGGGAGAGAGUGAAGGAACUGGGUGGACGCAGUCAGUGGCUGGUGGAGAACCUGCUCCGGUUGAUGAGGAAACACAGCUGCUACUCUGUGGGGUACGUCGGCGGAUUCUUCUUCGGUUUGGCUUCAACGUAACUUAUUAUAAGAUGU